CAUCUCCACAAGCUGGCAAAUCUCUCCGGUUGCGAAAUUAGACAAGGGAACUGAUUCUGUUUCCGAAUCCAAGCCAAAACCGAAACAAAGCCCAUCUCUCUAUCUGCUCUCUCUCUAUCUAUCUUUCUGUCUUCAAAACCCCGGCUCUGCAGACAGCACAGCUCACCUGCAGCAGCAGCUCAACCAAAAAUGGAGGGGCUUUGGCGGGCCGCGACGGGCCAAGACCCGAGCCCAGAAGACUACACCGGGAUAGAGUUCUGGUCCAACCCGGAACGCGCCACGUGGCUGACCAAGCAAGGCGAGUACAUCAAGACCUGGCGGCGCCGCUGGUUCGUCUUGAAACAGGGAAAGCUGUUCUGGUUCAAGGAUGGUCACGUUACCCGCACGUCGACACCGCGCGGCGUGAUCCCGGUGGGCACGUGCCUGACGGUGAAGGGCGCCGAGGACGUGGUCCACAAGCCUUGCGCCUUCGAGCUCUCCACCAACACCCACGACACCAUGUACUUCAUCGCCGACUCGGAGAAGGAGAAGGAGGAGUGGAUCAACUCCAUCGGACGGUCCAUAGUCCAGCACUCGAGAUCGCUCGCGGAUUCCGAGGUUGUCGACUACGAUAGCCGCCGAGGGUGAUCGUCUUCAGAAAAAUCGAUUUUCAUGACAGAAAUGAAAAAGUUGGUCUUCUACAUGGGUUUGCGUUAGUUGCCGCUUUCCUGUCUUUUACAAUAAUUACAUGCAUGUGAUGCGUAUGCACAAUGGCUAUUAUAUUAGGGGAGCAUGCCCCCACAAUUAAUCUUCUGCAAAAUGAGCUUGACGUGGAUUACGGCAGCAGUGACGUAGGUGUAAAAUGUAAUGUCAUGGAGUACGGCAGCAGGGAUCUACUUGUAAUUGUACUAGCUUGAACCAUUUAUUUCUAAGUUAACAAUACAUUGUCCGUUAUUUCUCCAUUAAAUACAUUUCUUAGCACGGCACACUGACUGAGGUCGUCAAAAGAGGGUAUGCAUGCAAUGGUCAAAGGAGUACAUAUCAUGGAUUCACGCAUAUAUGUGGUCUAGAUUAUUUGAUAAAAGACCCAUAUGGCCAUGUAUCCUUGUGAAAUAAUUUGGCAUGUUAUGUAGUUGGAUUUGUUAAUUUGAAUUUUUUUUAUGUGGUGAA